CUCUCCAUCAGCAGGAGGCGGAGAAGACUGCGGCCAAGCAGAGAGAGGCAGUCAAAUCAAGAUACUGCACCUUCCCUGGAGAACCUGGGAGCUCUUCCACACAGGAGACCGUUAUUAGAAAGGCUGUACAAUGUCGGAUUUUGACAGCAACCCGUUCGCAGACCCGGACUUCAGCAAUCCCUUUCAGGAUCCUUCGGUGACGCAGGUGACCCGAUCUGCCCCUCCUGGUGGUCUGGAGGAGUAUAACCCCUUCACAGACGCCAGAACGGCGGCCCCUGGGAAUGCCCCCAAAGCUGCCCCCGCCCCCUCCCAGAACACACAACCGGCCAUCAUGAAGCCCACAGAAGAACCACCGGCGUACUCACAGCAACAGACUCAGGACCAAGCACGUGCUCAGGCUGAGUUGUUGAGAAGGCAGGAGGAGUUGGAGAAGAAAGCUGCAGAGCUCGAUCGUCGGGAGAGAGAGUUACAGUCUCACGGAGCCGCAGGAGGGCGUAAGAACAACUGGCCUCCCCUGCCAGAGAAGUUCCCCGUUGGCCCAUGUUUCUACCAUGAUAUUGCAGUGGAUAUUCCUGUAGAGUUCCAAAAGACCGUUAAGAUCAUGUACAACCUUUGGAUGUUUCAUGCAGGCACACUCUUUGUGAACAUGUUCGGCUGUCUGGCCUGGUUCUGUGUGGAUGCCACUCGCGGUGUAGAUUUCGGCCUGGCCAUGCUAUGGUUUCUGCUCUUUACUCCCUGUUCUUUCGUCUGCUGGUACAGACCGCUGUAUGGGGCUUUCAGGAGUGACAGUUCAUUCCGCUUCUUUGUCUUCUUCUUCGUGUAUAUCUGUCAGUUUGGAGUUCACGUUCUACAAACUAUUGGCCUCGCUGGCUGGGGAACAUGUGGUUGGAUCGCAGCUUUAACUGGCCUGAACACCAGUAUCCCAGUGGGCAUCAUCAUGUUGCUGAUAGCAGCUCUGUUCACUGCACUGUCUGUGGGCUCACUCAUUAUGUUUAAAAAGGUGCACGCACUGUAUCGCACCACUGGUGCUAGUUUUGAGAAGGCUCAGCAGGAGUUUGCAACUGGAGUCAUGUCUAACAAGACAGUUCAGACUGCGGCUGCCAACGCUGCAGCUAAUGCUGCAACCAAUGCUGCCCGCGGGGCCUUCAAACCUCAGCCAUAAACUGACACACCCACAUACAUGCACACAUGCUCACACAUACAAGCAUACACACACACACACUCACACACACACACACACACACACACACACACACUCAAAAGUAGGAGAUGCACAACUCUGGCCCUGCAGGCUCUUAGAUCGAACAAAUCCUAUUGAUGAAUGUUGUUAUGUUAGGAUGGCCCUGCACACUUAGAAAUAAUUGGGGGUCAGAAACAACAGAAAAGAUUAAGUUAACCAGAGUUGUUCACCUUCACUUAAAAUCAAGUUUCAGUAAAAACUCUCCAACAUCCUUCCUGUCUGCUUUUAAGUCAAACAACUGUCUGCUCACAUCCCUUGAAACAUCCACUAAAGUGAGUCAAGGUGUACUCUGAGUGCGUGGGAUUUCAUCUCACUCGCUCACCCGCUCCUUCAAUUUCCCUGUUCUUCUGUCACCUCGAGGUGAUCCUAGGUCAGGCAGAGGUUCACAGUUCCAGUAUACCUUAUUUCUAUCAUGACCUCCAAACAGCUUCCUGCCUGGUUAAUACAGAAUAGAGUUAUGAAAAGUGAUAAUCUGAUCAUGGUGUUUUGCACAUAGCUCUGUUUCCCUGGUCACAUACUGAAAGUACAGUGUAUGUGUGAAUGGCUGGGCCAGUGUGUCCUUCACUUUAAGAGAAUUGUGGCUCUGACUUGUUGUUUUUUAAAAAUCCAGUGCUCUGUCAUUGAGAACCAAAAGGUAAAUUGUACCUUGUCUUACAUCUGUGCUUCUAUUCUGAGACAAAUAUCAUCCUGGUAAUUCGUAUAAGUAGAAAUGUGUUCUCAUUGAAGGACCUCCCUGCAGCCCCCAGCAGUGCUCCAGUGACACCUGUCACUGUGUGUACUACUUUUAUUGGCAACGUGGGCUCGGUCUGUGGCUUACUAAGAUUUGACAGCAUGAUAAUGACAUGCAUGUUUAGCACACUCAAGGUAGCUCGUUCUUUGGCAAAGUAAUUCAUUCAAAGUCCACUAUCAGCCUUUUUUCUCUGGCUCUGGUUGGUGGCUGGUUUCUGGAGGAGAAUGUCUGCCUACUUAUUUUUCCUUUGGUUGUUUUCUGCGAGAAGUGAGCUGUAAAGUUAUUGCAUGUUGCAGUGGCUGUUUGACUGAUUGAUGUUGUUUGGAUCUAUUUGUGAAGACGCACUGAACGCCUACAGGUCAGGAGGGUCACCAGUUCUCACCACAAACCUAAAAGAGGUUUGGUCAUGGCCUGGUGCACUAAAGGGGGAAAAACAUGAGAAGUAUUAGCAUUUUCUUUUAUGUAUGUUUGGAAUUAACAGACGACUGUGCGGCUCUGUUUUGGUUGUUUUUGUAGCCCUUCAUACUUUGUUAAAAACUAACGCUGCUAUUAACCUGAGAGCUGCUGGGUUGUAGCCUCCUUCUGUCAUGUUUCCUGUUGAAAAGGACACAUAACAUUCAUUCAUAGGGAGUUCAGAGAGCUGCCUUUUCUCACAGAAGAUGACCUGAACCUGGUAAAGCUAUGAUUUUUCUAGAGAUUAACAUGCAUACAUAAAAUAGUAAAAACAUUGAUACUGUGUAUAUGUAUACUACAUAGACUAACAGCCCAAUCGCAUUUUUACAGACAAAAAAAAGCCAGUCCAUUUGUCAGUAUUGGAUAACUGGUGUCAGAAGUUUCACGGCCAAAAUGAGCAUUGAGAUAAUAGAGGAUUGGACUUGAUGCACAUUCAGUGAAAUCACUCACACACAUUAAUUUAUUUACAAUAAAAACAGUGUUAUUCAGAACUAAGUUGUACAGACUACUGUCACUGAAGUGAAAUAUGGACGUGGGGUACAUUUGUGUCGCGCUUUAGCACCUCAUAGUGAGUGUCUGAAGAUGUGCAUGAUAGAUGAGUGAUGACUCGUACUGCUGUUAGUACAAAUGUCUGGACACGGAGCGUUAUAGUGGAUAAACACUCCUACAAAGUCAAAGGUCAAUGAUUUGUCAUGAAAUAAGCCUACAUCUCGGCAGUAUCGUUUUUGUUUGGAAAUACUUCUGUUUUAAAUUCAUUGCACAUUUCUUGUUUUACGUCGAGCUUUAGUGCAAAAGACAGUUUUUAUUUAUGGUGUAAUUUAAGUUGUUUGCAUUUCAGUUUUGUUUGGUUUUGAUUUUUUCAUUAUGUGUUUAAGUUUAUGUGUUUUUGUAAUGACAUGAUCAUAGCGUCAGCUAGAUUUAACAGUGUUCAAU